CUAAAUGUUUCUUAAAAUAAAUCACUAACAAUGCACAGACGAUCCAAGAAUAUAAAUGCUCCCCUGGAAGUUAAAGAAAAUGAGAGUAGAUACACUGAAGAGAAGGAAGAGGCCUCUUGCCCUGAUCUGUCAAAAGACGAGAAGAUUUGCAAAGUGACUAAAUCAAAAGUCGUAAAGGCAUCGAAGAAGGAGAAUUUAAGUGAUGGGAAUGAGGCGCAGUUGCAAAAAUGCACCCUGAAAUACACCAAAGGCCUCGAGAAGGAAUCAUACCACAACAAGGAGGAUGUUGUUAGCUGUCAGUUUACUGAAUGCUUUUUUGAUACGCUAAAAGGGGAUAUGGUUGGUGAACAUACCUUGCCUUUGAACAGCAAGGAAAACUUUUCAGGGAGUAGACCUGUUUCUUUGGGGGAUGAAUGCUACUUGACACCUAAUAGGGACAAAGCAGAAGAAAAAUCCGAUUGUGGCAUAUCAGAGAAACAGAGGAAAAAACCUAUUGAUUUUGCAACUGUAACAAUUGCUGAAUUUGGAAUUACUCAAAGUUUUACUAAACGAUCUAUAGGGAAGUCUCCAACUUCAUUAAAAUUUAGACGAAGAUCAGCAAUUGGAGUACGGGGAUCACCAGAAAAUAACACCCUUAUUCGAUACCUUGCCCAACAGAGAAGCAACAGGCAAAAAGAAGCUUUUACACAGCAGGUUAGUCCUUUUAAACAUGAAAAUGUCAGGUCGUUGAAGGACAAGAUAGAUGCCUUUCAAACAUCUUUUAAAUCAGUACAAGAAGCUGAAGGGGAGACUGGCUUCUCUGGACUGUCACAAGUGAAUGAUGCUUCCCAGGAAGCAGGCUGCUCUCAGAACAAAGUACCUUUUACAAAAGAGCGGAACCUGGAUCAGUGGAGUGAAAAGUUCAUGUCAGACAACAGUGGAGCUGAUUUGAAAGAAAAAUUAAGACAAAAUUUGACCAGCAGCAGUAAGUCUGAUACCAAGAUCUGCGCCAUCUUGUCUUCAUGCCAAGAUGGGACUGUCACUGAACCUGCUCCUGCCGUUUCAAAGGAAUGGAUUUAUGAGCAACACAAUCCUAUUGAGUCGUUGGAGGCUGUUCUAAUUAGAGAUAUCUUAGAAACAGGCCAUGAUUUCAGUUCUGACCACAUCGCUGAAGAUGUUAGAAGUAAUGUUAUAUCAGAUCUAAGCAGAAGGAAAGUUAGUUUUGCAGAAGAACUGAGCCUGCAAAUAUUUGAUGAAAGCAAGCCACCUAUCACACCACCUAUCACACCACUACAAACGGGAAAUAUUUCAUUAAGUGAACAUACACAGAGUGGCUCCCAUCUGCGAUCUGUAUUGAAGAAAACGCCAAUGAAGCAACUAAUGGAUAGCAUGAAGGAAUACUCGAACGAUGCAGUUGACAGAGGAGGUGAAUCUCUCGCAGUCUCCGAUUGUGCAAAAAUCUUUGACGCAUUGCAAACAGAGAAAACUGAAAGACAUAGCUCUGAAAAGCCAAAGAAGAAAAGAGUUACUUUUGGAAAAGUUCUAAGCCCAGAAAUAUUUGACGAAACUUUGCCUGCAAAUACUCCAUUGCGCAAAGGAGCAACGCCAGUCCGUCAUCCAGAAUUACAAAGUAAUAGCCCUUUUGCAAGGUCAGGGCUCAUUGAAGAACCAUUAUCCCAGCCGAACUUUGAUUGCAAUGAUGAGUGUGUUGAGCCUCUUCAGGAGUUAGUGGAGGGUCCUGUUGCUGCAGAAGACCUCUUACCUGUUGAAAAUUUAGAAGCAGAAACUGACAAAUCUGAUAUGAUAAAAACUCGUUCUUCUACGAAAAGAAAGUGUAGCACCAUUUCAGAGGGGACUGAUUUUAGCAUCUCAAGAGCCGCAAAUACUAAGAAUGCUAAAGAUACUAAAAAUCCAAGAAAGAACAAGUUUCAAAGACAAAAGAAUAUAACUACAUCUGCUGCCAAAAAGACACAAAAAAUAAAACAUACAAGCUAUGGGAAAAGAAGAAAGAAAAAAGUAAAAAAAUCUUUAUAUGGGGAAAGAGAGAUGGCUUCUAAGAAACCUCUUCUCAGCCCUAUCCCUGAAAUUCCAGAGGUUUUCUCUUCUGUCUCAUCUCCAAACUCACCAAAGGCAAAUGCACUUUUUUCAGAGGAUGAAUUUUUAGAUAAUACCAAAUCCAGGAAUGCUUGCAAGGAUGUUCAACAGAAGUCAGUGGUUGAAAGAAUGAGAGGGGAAAACAUCUGUGCAGUUCAUAUGUAUUCAAGUUCUAAGGACCUGGACGCCGUAGAAGCCAGCAGCUCCAAUGAUACGGUGUUUCAGGUGUCAGAUGGUGAUCUGAAGUCUGUUUCUGGCAUUGAUCAUAAGUUUUCAAAUGUUGUGCCAGAUGCAAAGUGUGGUUUUGAUACAUCUGACUAUUUCCAACAAGGUAGAGAGACUGCAUGUGUAAAAGAGGCAAAAGAAAGUGGUUCCUUGAUAGAAAAUGAGAAAUUACAAGGAAAUCUCCUAAAUAAGGCAGAGCGGCUAAUUGGGUUAGAAUUUCUGGAACAGGACACUAGCGUACGUGAGAGUGCCCAAAGAACUCGGUGUCCACAAAAAGAUUCUAUGCGAGGUAGUCCACCGAGAAGAAGAAGAAGUAGUGCCAUCUAUUUUCCUCCUGUUGAAAAAUUGGAAAUAACCGGAAACAAUCUUCCGGUUUCUUCUUUUAAUGUGGAAGAAGUCUUAUCUGCUCCUCAGCUAAAAAGUGACUCCUUGGAGCCUUUUAGAAGAAAGAGCGGUAACAGUGGCGAAAAAAGAGUGAGGCGCAGCAUGAGAUUACAUAAAGAUGCAGAAAUUGAAGGACUUGCAUGGAUUCAAGUACCCGAUGAGAUUCAAAAGAACCCUCCCCUGCUAGCUUCUGCUUGCAAAAUCAGGAAGACAAUAAGCACAUCCAUCCUUACAGAAUCUGAGAAUGUUCACCGUAGAGAACAAAAUCUCAUCCAGUUUUCAGCACCAGGGAAGGAGAACAAUGACUCUGUUAAUCUUGCUGAUGGUCCUUGCAAAAGAUGGAGGAGGAAAAGCAUGUGUGUGUCCACACCUCAAGAAACAAGAACUUGGUCUCAAACCCGGAAAAGGAGCAUAACAAAUUCUGUAUAUAGGAAGGACAGAAGUAACCAAAACCACUGUGAAGAAGUAGAAAUACCUCUUGAAAAUAACUAACAUUUAGCGAGGUUUCAGCUACCUCUGAUUUUCUAAAAUGAAGACAUCAUCAGUUUUUCCCAAGACAAGAACUCCUAAGGCAACUUGAAAGAAACUUCACUACUUAAAUGCUGUUCAUCUUAUGCUGCUUUAGAAACAUUACUGAAGUUAUCAAAACAGUUUCCUUGAUGUUUUAUUUUGGGGUUUGCUUUUGUGUCACAAUGAAAACUGUAGAUUUAGAAACAGAAUGGCAAUAGUUACUUGGGUUGAAUCUUCUUGUGAUAGCAGUAUGUUGGUUUACCAGGAGAGGGCAGUCUGACAUGAGUUUUUAUGGUUGUAACUGAAUUUUAAAAUAAUAUCAUAAUGUACAAAAUCUUUGAAGAGAUACUAGCUAAGGUUAAAAUCUAAAGCUCCUUGAGAUUAAAACUAACAAUAGCUGCUACUUUUAACAUUAAAAAAAAAACCAAAACAGCAACUGAACUACACACUGAAAUUAAUCUGGAAAAGUGAAAUGCUUAUGCACUGUAUUCAGUAUAUGACUCUCUAUAUGGAAAUCACAUUACAUUCUUAAACACAGUAGAGCAUUACAGUUGCAGCUGAGAUGUUAGGGUUUACCUAACAGCUUUUAGAUACCAAAUCUAGCAGUGAGUGAAACCUUUGGAGACUGUGGGUGUUGGAUACUGAAUACCAGAGCUGAAUAGUCAGGUCAAGUAAAGAGUUGUCCUGGAGGAAGAGGCAAUAAACUAGUAUGCAUGAUACUAGAGGACUUAAUCUAAAAUGCUGCCUAGAACAUGCUUUUUGUGAUGUUGCUGUCCUAUGCAUCGGUCACAGCAGCACUAGAAGAGAAUUCUCCCUUGAGGUUUCUUGAGUGGGUAGGCUAAGUGCACUUUAGAUGUGAAGUGAAGUGUAAGUAAAGUCGGAAGUAGAAGAGCAAGGGU